AUGGCAUCUCGAUACUUAAAGGUGCUGGAGAGCUGGCGGAGUGCCAUCAUGGACAUGGUGUCGUCACGUAUUCAGCACAUUACGGCUUCUCGGAGACAGUCACCAACGCCUCCAUCUAAGCCUCCUUUCAAACAGGCUGCUGUACCGAUUCUAGAACGAGUAUUUCAGUGCAAUCCUCGCCCUACGCGGGCUGAAAAGCAGCAGCUUGCAAAACAAACCGAUAUGGAGUACAAGCAAAUCAACAUUUGGUUUCAAAAUAGACGCAGUCGAUCCAAGAAGGCCACACCAAUGUCGAGCCAUAUCGAAGCCAGUCAAGGAAGCGUAUCGCUGCCCCCCGAUCUAGCUGCUUCUCUAGUGAGAAUUUUAGACAAGUACGUGGUAGAUGCCAUUGACGCCCACAUGCAUGGCGCUGAGGAAGACAUGCACGCGGGUGCCAUACCUUCGUUUGGACCGUUCAAGUCCGAGCGACCGCAACAUGCGUUCCCAGUCUGUUAUCCCCCAUUAUGCUCAUACGACCCCUUCCCUAUUGCACGAGACUCGCGCAAGCUCGCAACCCCUUGGUUCCGAUUGCCGACACCAUCACGUAAAGAGCUCGCCUGCAGUGACUCCUCCGAAGAAGUAUUGGCUCUCCUCGAGCAGCUCACCCUUCGCGAGGAGGGCAUGGUGUUCGAACAUGCCCCGCCAACGCAUCGACUCAAGACAGGCUCCGCUUCGACAGUAGGCUUCACGGUUCUUCCGCCAUCUGCUCCUCUACCAGCCCUCCUACGCACGGGCACAUGUUCACAACCCGACAUAUCGGUCGAGCCUGUCCGUCGUUGCAGUCAACGAUAUUCUCCGCGUGCAACGUCGAGUUCGACAGCCUUGCCGGCUACGUUGAAAAUGGAGGCAUCACCGGAUCACGCAAGGGUCGCGGGAAGGCGCGCGUCGAACAAAGCGAAAGCUUCCAGGGUCUCCAGGGCUCGGGGUGUACUUGAGUCUUCGGCACACGAGCUUGAAUCCCUGUUCCCCCAUAGCAUGCACUCUCCUGCCAUUCUUUCAGCUGAACCGAGACACGACGGGCUGGCGAAUGAAACCGACAUCCGUCGCCCGUUGAGUACCGAGCCGUUCGGUCAACCGUACGCGAAGAGGAGGUCGUCUGGCCGUAGAGCCAUCGCAUUGCCGAAACGUACUCCGAAGACCCUGAGCCGCUUUCGCCCUGCAGGUUCCCCAACACCGUCCCUCGAUUGGUCAGUCUCCUCGUCGACUUCGUUUGCCCCCUCUCCCAGUCCAUCUACGUCCUCUCCCGAACCUAGCACCCCAUCGCGCAGCCCAUCUCCAGGCCCCAUGGCUACGCUGUCGCGUAUGUCGUCCUUGUCCUCGAUUCGCUCCGUCUCUUCGGCGUCGAGCUCGUCCUCUGAUUGGGACAUACUGCUGACGCCCCCAUUGCUCCCGACAUCUAUGCCCGACAUCCUUGUAUCGGAGGAUCCCUCAUUCGGCCUGUACUCUGAUCAAAAUAAUUGGGACAGUAUGGCGAUGAAUGGACUUGAUGACGGCUACAUGGACUACUCCGUCUCGUUCUCUGGUGCGGCACUGAUUCCCAACCUAUCCGCGGAUCCCCUGUUCAAGCACAAGGCUCCUCUGGCAUCUGUCGAUUUCACAUUGCCUCUCGACACUUCUGCGCUGAUCUUCUAG